CUCCACUUGUUCAGUCCGGCCUGAGUCAAACAAGCUCUUGAUGUUACGAGAACUAGCUAAGUCAAUGAGAGUGAUGGACAGAUCUUGGAAAGAGUGGCAUGAGACACGAGGCCAAGUAACGUUAACUGUCAUGCACUCCUUUGAGCGAUGAGUCUAUUGCUGUGCCGAUACCCUGCUAGUAUAAGUACCAAGGUAGACCCUUCCUAAGCUUUGUUGUUUUGGAAACAUCACAGCACCAACACCUGGACCCAACGAAUUCCCACUGCUCUCAUCCACACGUCGGCGCCGCUUCUAUUGCCUCAACUUACGAACCAGCAUACGCACGUCAAUAACACGAGGCAUCAGCUAAAAGACCAAGUUUGUGUUAUAGCUUUACAUACAUAAUAUCGAGGUUGUCUUGGAGGACAAGGAGGAUGGAGUCGGAACGAGUCUAUGCCAAUGGGGCAACGCCCAGGAGACAAGUCUUCUUCUUCGACAUUGACAACUGUCUCUACCCAAAAAGUGCCAAGGUGCACGACCUCAUGGCGGAUCUCAUCGACCGCUACUUCGCCACACACCUCUCACUGCCGUGGGAAGAUGCGGUACGGCUUCACAAGGAGUAUUAUCAGAGCUACGGUUUGGCCAUCGAGGGCCUGGUGCGGCACCAUCAGAUCGACCCCCUCGACUACAACGCCAAGGUGGACGAUGCCCUCCCGCUCGACAACGUCAUCAAGCCGCGGCCGGAGCUCAAGAAGCUCCUUGCGGAUAUUGACAAGAGCAAGGUGAAGCUCUGGCUCUUGACAAACGCCUAUGUCAAUCAUGCCAAGCGGGUCGUCCGGCUGCUCGAGGUGGAGGAGUUCUUCGAGGGCGUCACGUACUGUGACUACAGUCAGGUUCCGCUGACCUGCAAGCCGCACCCCGACAUGUACCACAAGGCCAUGCGGGAUGCGGGCGUCGAGAGAUACGAGGACUGCUUUUUCGUUGACGACUCCUACCAGAACUGCAAAAGUGCGAAGCAGCUUGGAUGGACAGUGGCCCACCUCGUCGAAGACGACGUCAAGCCACCGAAGACGCCGGCCUGCCAAUACCAGAUACGGCACUUGGAGGAACUUCGGGCAGUGUUUCCACAAUUAUUCAAAUCAGACACAACUCGAACAAGUUAGAGAGAAAGGUUGCGUAGACGGCACAGGUAGCGCAUAGAAGAUAGCCCAUGAUGCAUCAUGAAUAGAGCGAUGUUUUUUUGAGGUUCAU